GACGCAGGUCAGGACGUCGGUCGUCUCUCGACAUUCCCAAAUCUUUCCAAGCUCUCUCGAUAACCGCGUAUCCACUGCAAGACAGAUGUUUGACGCGCAAUCCCAACGAAUAGCCAGGAGAAAAUGCGGUGAGAAUAUUAUUACUGUUGUGAAUCAGCUCUGAAAUCCGCUAAAGUUCUCAUUAAUAGUGAAAGACUUUCAAAGCCUUUCGGAUAAUAAUUGAACGGAACUGAGGUUCAAAGCCUUUCGGAUAAGAAUAGAACGGAACUGUUAUUGCUGAAAGGUAAUGUUGUUGCUGUUUUUUUUCUACUUCAACUGAAGAACACACCUGGAGAAGAAACUAACAGCUCAAAUGUACUAACUUCAUUAGAAAAUGUCCAAUUAAAUAUGUGUUUUCCUACAAUUGGAUAGCCUACGGGAUUGGAAACGUUCUGGAUGUUUUCAGAUAAGAACAGAAAACAAAUGCGUUUUAUUUUGCUGAGAAAAUAAAAAAUAAGGAAUGCAUUUAAUUUAAACUGGAAAAAGUCGGACUCAUACAUAGGCUACUCUAGAAGUCCACCGCCCAGAAGAUCUACAAUGCGCCUAACGUGACGGAGGUAAAAUGAAAUGUUACCAUCUGAUGUCAUAAACGGAAUUUAUUUUAACCAGUAGGCCUAAUGUUUGGGAUUUUUACUGGUAUUUUUACUUUUUACCAACUUGGAUUUAAUAUAGUUUGUGGCGUAAAAUUACCUACCCACCACAUCAAAUAAAGAAAAAUAAUAAAUCUCGCUCUUUCGGAAUCUUGCAGCCAGCUCUACCCCAGCGCACAUUCAGAGUUGCCAAGGCUACAGAGCCCCUCACGAGCCAGUCCAGCGAAAACCUAAUUUCGAUUUCUAAGUUAUAUUUGGGCAUUUCCAACGCAAAACAUAAGUGGUGUUGCCUAUAUGCUAAAUAUAUAGGCAUAUCCUACAUCUUAAUUUAACCAGCACAAUGCCUCUGGACACAUUAAGCCGUUUUUUUCCUCGUGGAUAUUGAUUUUUCCUUUCAAGUCUUUUAGAAGCGAGUCGCGAGACGCUGCUAUUGUUCAGUGAGCCUGGGCACACCUUUUUGAUGCCAGCCAAGACCUCUGCAGCGCUGCCAUGACGAGUGAGGAGUGUCCCGUUCCGCUAGGGGCUGUGUCCCCGGGGGGGGCGGGGCUCUGCGAGGACUACGGCCCGGUGCAGUCGGAGGACGUCAUCGAGGAGGCGGGAGGGGCGGGAGAUGAUGUCAGCAUGGGCAGUGACCUCAGCACAUUGGUGGUGCCGUUCCCUGAGCUGGCGCCCGUGGUUUUCUUCUGCCUCAAACAGACCACGUGUCCCCGAAGCUGGUGCAUACGCAUGGUGUCCAGCCCGUGGUUUGAGAGGAUCAGUAUCAUGGUGAUCCUGCUGAACUGUGUGACCCUGGGUAUGUACCAGCCCUGUGAGAACAUCGACUGUACCUCGGACCGCUGCCACAUUCUACAGGCGUUCGACGCAUUUAUCUACAUCUUCUUUGCAUUGGAGAUGGUGGUGAAGAUGGUGGCGCUGGGAAUCUUUGGGAGACGCUGUUAUCUUGGCGACACCUGGAACAGACUAGACUUCUUCAUCGUCAUGUCUGGGAUGGUGGAGUACACACUGGACCUGCAGAACAUCAACCUCUCAGCUAUCAGGACAGUCAGGGUCCUCAGACCUCUUAAAGCCAUCAACAGAGUACCAAGUAUGCGUAUCUUGGUGAACCUGCUCCUGGACACCCUGCCCAUGCUGGGGAAUGUCCUUCUGCUGUGUUUCUUCGUCUUCUUCAUCUUCGGCAUCAUAGGGGUGCAGCUGUGGGCGGGACUUCUGAGGAACCGCUGCUACCUUGAGGAGAACUUCACCCUCUCAUCAGGCCUCACCCUGCCCGCCCCGUACUACCAGCCGGAGGAGGACGACGAGAGGCCCUUCAUCUGCUCUCUGGCCCAGGACAACGGCAUCAUGUCAUGUGCUGACGUCCCGGCCCGGCGGGAGGGUGGGAGGACCUGCUGUCUGGACCGGGAGGACGCGUACCACCGCCAGUCCCUGGGGCUCAGCCCUGAGCCGCUGGUUAACGGGUCGGCCAACACCGUGGGCCUCUGCAUCAACUGGAACCAGUACUACACCCGGUGCCACACGGGACAUAGUAAUCCACACAAGGGGGCCAUUAACUUCGAUAACAUUGUAUACGCCUGGAUUGUCAUCUUUCAGGUGAUCACUCUUGAGGGUUGGGUAGAGAUUAUGUACUAUGUGAUGGACGCUCACUCCUUCUACAACUUCAUCUACUUCAUCUUCCUCAUCAUCAUUGGCUCGUUCUUCAUGAUCAAUCUGUGCCUGGUGGUAAUCGCCACCCAGUUCAGUGAGACCAAGCAGCGGGAGCACCAGCUGAUGCAGGAGCAGCGGGCCCAGUGCCUGUCCUCCUCUACCCUGGCCAGCAUGCACGAGCCAGGGGACUGCUACGAGGAGCUCUUCCAGCUGGUCUGCCAUGUACUGCGCAAGGCCCGAAGGAGAUCGGUAGCCCUGUACAACCACCUAAGAGGGAAGCCUCCGCCACCGGCGCCCAUUAGAGGGAGGGGACGAGGAGGAAGAGGAGAAGGGGAAGGAGGAGGAAUCGGGAACGUAGCAGACAGGCACAAUCCAAAGCAGCCGCGACACUCCCAUUGCCCCCACCAAAGUAAGCUGGAGCCAAUCCACAGCUCCCAGCCCCUGGGCAACUCCAUCGCCCUGCCUGUCCCUCAGAACCCAGAGGACUGCCCUCAGUGUGCGGCAGCACCCAGCGAGGGGGCGGGAGCUGUGGGUGCCUCGGCCAUUGGGGAGGAGGAGGAAGGGGCUCUGGAGGAGACGGACAAGGAAGAGAACCACUUGGAGGAGAAAGUGGAAGUGGGGGAGGGAGUGAAGAGGAAGAAGAGGUCUUGUUUCGGGCGCUGCAAGGACAAGUGGGAUGAAAUGAGGAAGAAACUUUGGGGCAUCGUGGAGAGCAAAUACUUCAACAGAGGAAUCAUGAUCGCUAUCCUCAUCAAUACUAUCAGCAUGGGUAUCGAACACCAUAACCAGCCGGAGGAGCUGACGAAUGUGCUGGAGAUCAGUAACAUCGUGUUCACCAGCAUGUUUACCCUGGAGAUGAUUCUCAAGCUGACUGCCUUUGGCUUCUUCGCUUACCUGAGGAACCCCUACAAUAUAUUUGAUGGCAUCAUCGUCAUCAUUAGCGUGUGUGAGAUCAUAGGCCAGUCAGAUGGUGGUCUGUCAGUCCUGAGGACGUUCAGGCUGUUGAGGGUCAUCAAGCUGGUGCGUUUCAUGCCGGCGCUAAGGAGACAGCUGGUGGUUCUGAUGAAGACCAUGGACAACGUCGCCACCUUCUGCAUGCUCCUCAUGCUCUUCAUCUUCAUUUUCAGUAUCCUGGGGAUGCAUAUAUUUGGCUGUAAGUUCAGCCUGAAGACGGAGACAGGAGACACCGUUCCUGACAGGAAGAACUUUGACUCUCUACUGUGGGCCAUUGUCACCGUGUUCCAGAUCCUGACCCAGGAGGACUGGAACAUGGUGCUGUACAAUGGCAUGGCCUCCACCUCUCCGUGUGCCGCGCUCUACUUUGUAGCUUUGAUGACUUUCGGGAACUAUGUCCUCUUUAAUCUACUGGUGGCCAUCUUGGUGGAGGGCUUUCAGGCUGAGGGGGAUGCCAACCGGUCAUACUCAGAGGAUGACAGGUCCUCCUGUAACUUUGACGAAAACUCAGAAAAACUGAAGGACUCUGUUCAUCUCUCUGACCCUAAAAUCUGCACCCUGACACCCAACGGUCACCUGGACCUUUCCCCAGGACCCACAGGCCUUUACCCGGCUGACAGGCUCACCUUCGCGCUGGGCUCACGGAACAACAGUGUCAUCUCCCUGGGCAGGGCCAACCUGGAGGGCAGGUCUCUGUGUCCGGGGCGGAGCUCCCUGUACCACAACUGGGGUCGCCCCGCGCCCCCGACCCAGGGGAUGUGGGGUCGUAGGUCUAGCUGGAACAGCCAGGGUCACCCGUCCCGAUCGCUGGGCCUGGGCAUAGGAGGAGGGGGCAGCCUGCGCUCUCGCAGCCCCCAUGCAUCCUACCCAGCCGAACAGGAGGCACUUCUCUCCCGCCCUCACCCUGCCCCACACCUCGCCCUCCCCCCUCCCCUCCUGGCACGACAUUUUGUCCCGCGGCGUGACCGUCGAGCUCUGUCUCUGGAGCUACCGGAGCUCCUCCAAGUCCCGGGAACCCCCGUGGCUCCACUGCUCCCUUACCCCAGGAAGAAAAGCUUGUCUGGAGGGCUGGGUGGUGGAGGAGCUGGAGGGGAGCACCAGGACUGUAACGGGAAGGCUCCCGCAGCCCAGCUCCAACUUCAGCUACCGCCACACCCCCGUCCCCAUCCACAGCUGAUGACAGAUGUGUUCCCUCAGGUCAACACUCGCAAGGACCGAGAGGACCUGGACGAUGAGAUCGACUAUAGUCUGUGUUUCCGUAUCCAGAAGAUGAUGGAGGUGUACCGGCCGGAGUGGUGCGAGGCCAGAGAGGACUGGUCGGUCUUCCUCUUCUCUCCUCAGAACAGGUUCAGGCGGAUAUGCCAGUCCAUCAUAGCUUACAAGUUGUUUGACUAUGUGGUGCUAGCCUUCAUCUUCUCCAACUGUAUCACUGUGGCUCUGGAGAGACCCAAGAUAAUGCAGGGCAGCCUGGAAAGGGUGUUUCUCACCAUUUCCAACUACGUCUUCACUGCCAUCUUUGUAGCAGAGAUGACACUCAAGGUGGUGUCUAUGGGUCUUUAUAUAGGGGACCAGGCUUAUCUGAGAAGCAGCUGGAACGUGCUGGACGGAUUCCUGGUCUUCGUGUCGUUGAUUGACAUCGUGGUGUCCAUGGCCGGUGGCGCUAAGAUCCUGGGAGUGCUGAGGGUUCUCAGACUGCUCCGCACGCUGCGCCCACUGAGGGUAAUCAGUCGAGCCCCAGGUUUGAAGCUGGUAGUGGAGACUCUGAUAACGUCUCUGAAACCAAUAGGAAAUAUUGUCCUCAUCUGCUGUGCUUUCUUCAUCAUUUUCGGCAUCCUGGGGGUACAGUUGUUCAAAGGGAAGUUUUUCUACUGCUUUGGCCCCGAUGUCAAGAACAUAACCAACAAGUCUGACUGUCUUCAGGCCAACUACAAAUGGGUCCAUCACAAAUAUAACUUUGACAAUCUGGGACAGGCACUGAUGUCCCUCUUUGUGCUGGCUUCGAAGGACGGCUGGGUCAACAUCAUGUACCAUGGCCUGGACGCUGUCGGGGUAGACCAACAGCCGGUGACCAACAACAACCCCUGGAUGCUGCUCUAUUUCAUCUCCUUCCUGCUCAUCGUUAGUUUCUUCGUGCUCAACAUGUUUGUGGGGGUGGUGGUGGAAAACUUCCAUAAGUGCCGGCAGAAUCAAGAGGUGGAAGAGGCUAAAAGGAGAGAAGAAAAACGACGGAGACGCAUGGAGAAGAAAAGGAGGGAUGCCCAGAAGAUUCCCUACUAUGCCAGCUACAGUUCCAUCCGCUUGUGGAUCCACACCCUGUGCACCACCUACUACCUGGACCUCUUCAUCACCUUCAUCAUCUGCAUCAACGUCAUCACCAUGUCCCUGGAGCACUACAGCCAGCCACAUUCUCUAGAUCUGGCACUGAAGUACUGUAACUAUUUCUUCACCUCCACCUUUGUAUUGGAGACCCUCUUGAAACUCACUGCCUUCGGCUUCAGACGCUUCUUUAAAGACAGGUGGAACCAGUUGGACCUGGCCAUCGUGCUGCUGUCCGUGAUGGGCAUUACUCUGGAGGAGAUCGACUACAGCGCCUCCCUCCCCAUCAACCCCACCAUCAUACGCAUCAUGAGGGUGCUGAGGAUAGCACGGGUUCUGAAACUAUUGAAGAUGGCGACAGGAAUGAGGGCUCUGCUGGAUACCGUGGUCCAAGCCCUACCACAGGUUGGGAAUCUAGGCCUGCUCUUCAUGCUACUGUUUUUCAUCUAUGCAGCACUGGGGGUGGAGCUGUUUGGAGAACUGGUGUGUAAUGAGGACUACCCAUGUGAGGGGAUGAGCCGCCAUGCUACAUUUGAGAACUUUGGCAUGGCUUUCCUCACCUUGUUCCAGGUCUCCACAGGGGACAACUGGAAUGGCAUUAUGAAGGACACGUUGAGGGAGUGCCCGCCCGACUACGGCGCUGACUACUCCUGCAACCCCAGCCUGCAGUUCAUCUCUCCGAUGUACUUUGUGUCCUUCGUGCUGACCGCCCAGUUCGUCCUGAUCAACGUGGUGGUGGCGGUGUUGAUGAAGCACCUGGACGACUCCAACAAGGAGGCCAAGGAAGAGGCGGAGAUGGACGCUGAGAUUGAGCUGGAGCUGGCCACGGGAGCCCUCUGCUGUAUGGGGCCAGAGGGGGUCUGUGCCGUGGGGAAGAAGGGAGGAGGAGCUGGAGGUCCAGGUGGGGUCGGGGGAGUUGGAGGAGGAGGUGCGGAGAGGGGAGGGGGAGCACCAGUGAGUUCUUCCAGGGGAAAUCUGCAUCAUCACGUGGCAACAACUCACCCAGGACCUUCACACCAUGCUAACAAUCAGGAUCUGUACUCUCCUGCACAGGAAAACCACUGGCUGGACAGUGUGUCCCUGCUGAUAAAGGACUCAUUUGAAGGAGAGAUGUUGAUGAUAGAUAACCUCUCUGGAUCUGUCUUUCACCACUACUCAUCCACUUCUCCAGUCUGUAAGGACUGCAAGAGUCACCCGCAACAAGAGCAUAUCCGACUGGCAGAGAUAGAGCAGGCAUCCCUGAGGUCAGAGCAGAUGUCAGACAAGUCCUUAUCUCCGGCCCUGCCUGAUGACCUCAGCCUUGAGGACCAGAUUGUCUACCAGCUGCGGGAGGUCAAGGAGAAGAGGGGCAGCAGUGACUCUCAGUGUUCAGAGGAAGCUGGUGGAGGAGGUGCCCAGACAGUGGGGUCGAGGCAUACUAGAACCCACAAUACAGGAGGCCGCGAGGGGACUUUGCGACUGGUGGAGGUUGGGGUCCAUCAAAGACAUGGGACCCCAUCCCACCACAGCCCUGACGGGGCCUCGUGCAGUGGUGUUAAGGAAGGAGUGGCCGGGCCCGAGGCAGGAAGAGGAGGAGGGGAACCAGGACAGGUGGCCAGUGCCUCAGGUUCUCCCACUACGAUUCAUCUGCCAGCGGAGUUCUUCCACCCUGUGGCAGCAGUGGCCCUGCCUGCGCCCCCUAGGGCCAAAGUAGGACGCACCUCGAGGGGCCCCCGACUCACCUCCCCGGCCUCCUGGGCCUCACUGCGCUCCCCAGGAGCCCACAGCAGUGUGCUCUGCACACAGCACCCGUCCCACAGUGACUCGUCCCUGGCCACGGGGAGCUCUGAGGGCAGCCUCCAGACCACCCUGGAAGAAGGACUCAGCUUCAACGUCUCACCCCCUCAAGACCUGGAGCUCCCGCUACCUCUGGCUCCCCUGUCCCUGAUCUACCCCCUGCCCGUCCCACUCCCCGAGGACCCCACCGGCUGCCCCCCGGGACAGACUCUGAGACCGCGGCCCAGCCCCUCGCCUGGCCCCGCCCUCACCCUCCAGGCCACGCGAGGACAUCAGCGGAGCCAAAGCAGCGGCAGAGGCAGCAUCAGCCCUGGGUACACACGGGAGGACUCCAUGGACCCUGACCCCUCCGACCUGGAGGACCUGGGCAUUGGGAUUGGCUCAUCCAUCGGGGGGUGUGGCUCCAGCCAGGCAGGCAACAGUGAACACUUGUCAGAGGCACUAAGCAGCCUGUCACUCACAUCGCUGCUGUCUCCCGCCUCCCUAGUGCCCCCUGCGGUCAAGAAGUGCAACAGUACAGGGAGCUUGGACCAGGGGGCAUGUAGGGGGGAGGGCAGACAGAUCCUGGGGUUAGAAUUGGACCCCCAGGGCUUUUUGGCCAACCCGUGGGGCGAGAGUCGGGGUGGCAGGGGAGAGGAACGACAGUUGGGGGACGUGCCGGGGCUGAAAGGCAAAAGUUCAAGCCAAACGACAGUAGGGCCCUGUAUGAAAAACAGAUGAAAACCCUUGUCUAUAACUGUCCCUGUUAAGACAAAACAACCCAUUACUGUUCCUCUCCAUCCCCCUCAGGCAGAGAGAUGUGCGACCAUUCCAAAACAUGUGAUGUUAUGUGGUGAACCCUGAAACCAAACCCUCCUUCCCUCUCUCCUUCUCCAGCUAUGUUUGUGACCUCCUGUCCCAUUUUGUGCUACCCCCUGGGAGUGUGGAGGGUGUGGAGGGUCAGAGGUCAAAAGGUGGAAAGUUUAAAGGGGAUGACUGGUGUUACCGGUGUGACCACUUUGGGGCGGGGGGGGUACCCCUCUGGAGGAGCAGGAGCCCUGGAGUAGUAGGCACACCAGGAGGGCUGCAUCAUCAUAUCAGGGAGUUACACACAGGAGACGCAGAGACCCAACGGAGAUGGAGCUCUAACAAGAACAUUUUGUCUUGUUGCCCGGGAUGUUUUCCUGCUAGUGUGUUUUCUUUUUCUCUACAUUCACAGAAGUUUAAAAUGCAAAUAUAGAUUAUAAAAAAAAAAAAAGCCAACAGACUGUUGUUUCAGUGUGGCAGUACCUCAUGGUGUAGGACUGGGGCAGCAGGAAGGGUUUGUCUCUCCUGGAGAGCAGAACCCGGCUCUAAUGUCUGGAUCUGUUGUGGGAGAUGGAAGGGUUUGUCUCUCCUGGAGAGCAGAACCCGGCUCUAAUGUCUGGAUCUGUUGUGGGAGAUGGAAGGGUUUGUCUCUCCUGGAGAGCAGAACCCGGCUCUAAUGUCUGGAUCUGUUGUGGGAGAUGGAAGGGUUUGUCUCUCCUGGAGAGCAGAACCCGGCUCUAAUGUCUGGAUCUGUUGUGGGAGAUGGGGCUCCAAGUCUGUGACCAGCAGGAGGGAUGAGGGGGGCUGUGGAGAACACAGUGUAGAGUUCAGCUGAGAAGGCGUUUGUAUAGUGUAAGAGCUGAGACUCAGGUAGCAAAGACACAUUAUCAUAUCACCUUCCCUCUCCCCCACAUUGGUACUUUUCAGAGAGGUGUGCGUGUUUUUGUUUGUUUGUUUGUUUGUGUGUGUGUGUGUGUGUGUUAGUACACUAGGAAGUAGAGAGACAGCGAUAGAGAAAAAACACUCAAAUCUGGCUCCUGCAUGCAGCAGUUUUCUCUUUUAUCCCAGUGUUACUUCCUGACAGGAUAUGAAUUGAAUUAGACGGGGGGCAGGAGGCCUGGUAGUAAGAGAGCUUUCCUGUCAAAGAUGCUAGCCCUCCGAAGACAACCAAACAGAGGAGAUUAGACUGGCACCAUUCACUAUAGGAGAAGAAAACUAAGCCACUCUACAUAGUCGCUUCACAAAGGAUGUGUGGGAAAUUCAAACUUUUCACUUCCUUCUCUUUGACACUUUGUGAGAGGAAGCAAGGAUCUAUCUGAGAUCUGAAUUUCAGCCACUUGAGCCUUCUCCUAGGGGGAGGCAGUUUGCCUGCAUGAUGGGUUUAUUGCAUUCUAAUGAGAGUUUUAUUAUACCGAAGUGUAUCAAGAUGUCAAUGUUGGGAUGAUGAUUAUAAAUUUGUUGCUAUUCCAAUAUUUUUUUAGAAUACAGAAUAGGAGCGUGAAAGUGUUGUUGUCACUUUGUCCUUAAUCUAUCUAUAUACCUUAUCAGUGCCAUUUCUCUUGUCUAAAUUUACUGUUGAAAACCUUUGUUUGCAAGUGGCUUCCAGUUUUAUAAUGUGGGAUUAAGAAAUUACUUUUUAUUAUUAAAGGUGUGAAGAGAACAACCAAGCAAAAAAUUCAAAACAACAUCUGUGCCCUGAAGAAAAAUUUCCUUUUGGCACGUGUAACUUUGGGAAUUUCGGUUUCUCCUGGAUUUUUGGAUUUUGUAAUCUCAGAGGAAGACCAAAGGAGGGUGGGCCCUAAUCUCUCAGCACAGGACAACAUUUCUUAAUCACAGACGUUCCUGGAAAGAGCAGGAAGCCUUGUAAGAACACUGUCCUUUAGCCAAAACUCCUAUGCUAACAUCAACACGAGAAAACAUUGCCCAUCUUUUUGAAAGCUUUAAUUUGAGUGUCCUACGAUACGUGAUGACAUAUCUGAUUAUUGACACAUCAAUGUUUCUUAGCAUGGUUCUGGGAUGCUUUUCCUUGUUUCAAAGAUACCAAAUGCACUCUCCCCCUCUAUCUCUCUCUAAAACACAUAUGUAGUAGCAGACCCUAGUUUUGAUUUAAGUCUGUCACUGUAAUAGAAACGUUGUAUCUUUCUACAACCUUUUGGUACGCCACCCAGCACAUCUGAAAUGAGGUGGCCAUCUUACCCUGACCUAGAAUAGACUUGUAUCCCUAGUGUUUUAUGUUCAGUUUUAUUUGUUUCUCAUUAAGGUGAUGAGCAAUGUUGAGUUUGACUUAUUUAAUUAACUUCAUUGUCAUUUAAUUCAAUCACUGGUGACAUGUCUGUUUGUAACAUGUGGGAUAUUAAUGACUGAUUAUGGCUAUGGGGUCGUGGGUGGUUAUAGCUUCAGGAGAGGCCACUCUAUAAUAACAGUCUACAUCUGGACCAGCUUGAUUAAUGUUGGAUCGAAUGGGUGGCAGUGGUUCCUAACCACUCAUACAGGGUCAGAUAUUAGUUAAUCCCUGUCAUGUGUAAGGUUAGAAUAUAGUGUUUCUUAAUCUGAUCCUGGAUCUGUGGUUAGGGUGCUGCAUGUGAGUGUGGAUUGAAAGGAAUCAUAAGGUAACCUUGAAGGGCUGUUUCAGCUUCAAAGAUGUUCUGAUACAUGACGAGACACACCUCUGAGUCAAUGAAUAUGGCAUCAAAGGUAAGCCUAACGACACAGCAAUAAAUGUUCUAUGUGUUUGCCCUGA